UUGACUUGAACCAGAGAGAAGAAUCAACUAGUCGGCUCUUAUUGGCAAGAGAACCGAACUUUCUUGAUUUGUCUCCGCUCAUUGCGCUUGUCAAUGGUAGAUAGAUUUACUUAUAUGCAAAUCAGCCUUCAUCGAAAUCAACGGCGGAGCACGGCACUACAAUGUUUUCCAAGAUCAAGAUUCCUUUCCUUCAGCUCUUCAACAAAACCCAAAACCCAUCUCGUUUCAUCAAUCUGAUUCUAAUGUUCUCUUCUUUAUGCAUAAUUUAUCUCUUAUCAUCUCUAUUUCUAGUGGGCACUUCGAAGAUUGUAAGCAGGGACUCUUCUCAACAAGAUGUAUAUGAACCAACAUCGCUUGAACAUAUCGUGUUUGGUAUAGGAUCCAACAACAAAUCAUGGUCGAAACGUAAGGAGUAUGUCAAGCUCUGGUGGAAGCCGAAUCAAAUGAGAGGAUGUGUGUUCUUGGAAUCCAUGCCACCUGAUUCGAAUUCCUCGAUUGACUCUUCUCCUCUGCCUCCUGUAUGCGUUUCAGGGGACACUUCACGGUUCCGGUACACCUACAGAGGCGGUCUCCGGUCGGCGAUCCGGGUUGCUCGCGUAGUCUCAGAAACUGUGGCGCUUAAUCAUUCUGAUGUGAGAUGGUUUGUGUUUGGGGAUGAUGACACUGUUUUCUUUCCGGAAAAUUUAGUGAAGACUCUGUCCAAGUAUGACCAUGAACUCUGGUACUACAUUGGUUCUAACUCAGAGAUUUUUGAGCAGAAUAGGUUUUUUGGAUUUCAUAUGGCUUUUGGUGGAGCUGGGUUUGCUAUUAGUUAUCCACUCGCCAAAGUUCUUGCAAAGACUUUCGAUUCUUGCAUUGAAAGAUAUCCACAUCUGUAUGGAAGCGAUUCCAGAGUCUUUUCUUGUUUGACGGAGCUCGGUGUUGGCUUAACGCACGAACCAGGUUUUCAUCAGGUUGAUGUUCGAGGAGAUAUUUCUGGGUUAUUGGCAUCACAUCCAUUGACGCCAUUAGUAUCACUGCAUCACCUGGAUCUCACAAACCCAAUCUUCCCUAACAUGACAACAAUGAAGGCAUUGGAACAUUUACUCAAAGCUACAAGCAUUGAUUCCCAAAGAAUUCUGCAACAAACAGUUUGCUACGAUCCUUGGUUUUCAUGGACUAUUUCAGUGUCAUGGGGCUAUGCUAUUCAAGUUCACAGUAAUCAUCUACUUCUACCGGAUGCUCUUCCCGUUCAAGCAACAUUCAGGCCGUGGAAGAAGAGUGGGAAUGCAUUGGCAGGGGCGUAUGCUUUUAAGACCAAACAACUUCACCCUGAUCCAUGCAGAAGACCCACGGCGUUCUUCUUUGAUGAUGCAUCUUCUGAUGGGGAUGGAAUUCAGAGCAAGUAUAAGAAAGCUUAUCAAAAUUGUAGUUAUGACAUGGGUUCACCGAGGAAACUAGAAGAAAUCAAAGUGUUCUCAACGAAGCUUGAUCUUGGCAUUAAACAGUUGAAGGCUCCAAGACGACAAUGUUGCGAUGUGUUGCCUUCCUCUGCUGGAAAAGUGAUGGAGAUUGAAAUAAGAGAAUGCAAAGAAGAUGAGUUGAUCCGUAUGCAUACAAUACAUGACCAAUUUUGAAGGUACCGAGGGUGCUGUGUUGAUGAUAGAUAAUCCUACAAGAGACCUUAGUGAGGAAUGGUUGUGAAUGCACCAAACAACGUAAAUACGACUAUUGUUCAAUGAGGUGAUUGGCUAUUGGAGACCCGAAUAAUCAAAAGAUGACUUGAAUCUAACUUUCUUCAUUGUAUCAUUAGAGAAGAAGGAAAGCAAUUACUUUCUAUCAAGAUUCAAAUACAAUUUCGUUAGUCAACAUUAUUAGAUGAUCUCUUCAUAAAUACUAUUGUAUUGUUGGUUUGAA